AUGACUUACGUUGAUGACAGGAGACGACACAUCAUAUCUUCUAAACAGAUUCAACCUGCCAAUCAGCGACGAAGCCCUCUUGGUCCUCGGAACAGUCUUGAUUAUUGGCAGAAGGGAGAGGAUCACCAGUCAGGUGUCACAUACUUUUGGUCAAACCAACAACAAUCUACCAUGGCUCCCAACAAUGUCAGAACAGGGCGACCUAAUGUUACAGUUUCGGGCAUUGAAAAUGUUCUUGGAACUCCAACAUCACAACAAAGACGUCCUGCUCCGUUCCCUUUGACAUUACCUCCAACUGUACAACAGUCGUAUUCUAAUAAUGCCGCAUGUACACCUAUCUACCCAAAUCGUCCUAUGACGAUGCCACGUGCCCGUUUAGUAUCUUCCAAAACGGAACCUCUUCAAAAUGGUAGUACCUCCUCUACCGCCAGUUCGUCUUCGAAUACGUCCGCAUUGAACAACAACAUUCACAAAGGUGCACUACCUCGCUCUAACGGAACUGUACAUGAUAGUCCAAUCUUCUCGGUUCCUCGAGAAACCCCAAACGAUAUCAUUUGGUCAGUUCCCCGGUCUACUAGCCCUCCGGUAACUUCUCCUUACGAUAGUGUCUAUCGUAGUCAUCCUUUAAUAGUUGGACCGGAGUAUGGUAGUCAACCAGUUGCUAAAGGAACAAAUUUGCUGAAUAUAGCCAUCGGAGCAUCUCCUUCGACAAAGCGUGAAAAGCAGAGAAGUGGACGACAGAAACCACGAUGGGGACGGAUUAUGCAGACAUUAUGCUGUUGCGUUUCUCCACAACAAGAAAACGAAAAGCCGACCUCACCACGGCCCAACUCUUCAAAUUUAAUACAGGUUUUGAAGAAUGGAAACAACAUGGUGCCAUUGGUUGACUCCAAGCAAAAUGAGUUCUCUACAACAAAUCAGACAAUGCCUUCUGUAAGCAAUGGAACCGUCAUAUCUCCAAAAGGACCGAACAAAACAUUCGACAACUUCCUUCUGCCGCCGGUUCGGCCAGCUGAUUCCAACAAAAAGUGUUUGAUCAUCGACCUCGAUGAAACAUUGGUUCAUUCGUCAUUCAAGCCUGUCAAAACCGCGGAUUUCGUUAUUCCUGUAGAGAUUGAUGGGAUAGAGCAUAAAGUUUAUGUACUGAAAAGGCCAUAUGUGGAUGAAUUCUUGGCUCGCGUAGGGGAAAAAUAUGAAUGUGUUCUAUUUACUGCCAGUUUAGCAAAGUACGCCGACCCAGUUGCGGAUCUCUUGGAUAAACGAGGAGUGUUCCGUUCGCGUUUAUUCCGAGAAGCCUGCGUAUUCCAUAAAGGAAAUUAUGUGAAGGAUCUCGGCCGUUUAGGACGUGAUCUAAACAAAGUCAUGAUCAUUGACAACUCUCCAGCAAGUUAUGCUUUCCAUCCAAACAACGCAAUUCCUGUUCAAACAUGGUUUGAUGAUCCAACAGAUGUUGAACUUCUUGAUUUGCUACCAGUAUUGGACCGUAUGGAGAAGACAGAAUCUGUUUAUGACAUUCUUGGACAAAAUCAUUUAACAUCAGCGAAAGAUGCUUUGUUGGAAAGAAGUAAUUGA